AUGAUUGUGUUUUCAGUUAUAUCUGGUGCAAAAAAUGAAGACGCUCUAUGUUAUCUUUUAGAAGUGGAUGAUGAAGUACGUAUCUUGCUAGAUUGUGGGUGGAAUGAUGAAUUUAAUGUAGAUGCUCUUUUGCUAUCACAUCCUGAUCUUUCACAUUUAGGAGCGUAUCCUUAUGCAUAUGGACAUUUUGGACUUUCCUGUCCAGUUUAUGCGACUUUACCAGUUGUAAAUAUGGGACGAAUGUGUAUGUAUGAUGUUUUUCAAUCAAAAGUAAAUGAAGCAGAAUUCAAUACUUUUGCAUUGGAUACUGUUGACGCUGCAUUUGAAAGAAUAAAUACUUUAAAAUAUUCACAACCGACAUCCUUAGGAGGAAAAUGUAAAGGAAUAACUAUUACAGCUUAUGCUGCUGGUCAUUCAAUAGGAGGAACAAUAUGGAAAAUUAAAAAGGAUACAGAAGAAAUUGUUUAUGCCGUUGAUUAUAAUCAUAAAAAGGAGAGUAGACCUUCUUUGAUGAUUACCGAUGCUUAUAAUUCUUUAAUUAUUCAUCCAGCAAGAAAACAUCGUGAUGCUGCUUUAUUUGAUUCAUCAGCUCGAGUUUUGGAAUUAGCAUAUCUUUUAGAUCAACAUUGGGCAUUUUAUCAAGUUUCUUAUCCACUUGUUUUACUUACUCAUCAAAGUUAUCGAACAAUACAAUAUGCAAAAAGUAUGCUUGAAUGGAUGAGUGAUGCAAUAAAUAGACAAUAUUUACGUCUUUGUCAUCGACAUAAAGAUCUUGCCAAAUAUCCUGGACCAAAAGUAGUACUAGCCAGUAAUGUCAGUUUAGAGACAGGAUUCGCGAGAGAACUUUUACUAGAAUGGGGAACAUCUGAAUCAAAUGCUCUUAUAUUAACUGAUAGAGGUCCACCAAAUUCAUUAGCAAGAAAAUUAUAUUAUGAAUGGGAUAAAAUUAUUCCAUUGGAAGGAAUAGAAUUAUUGGAAUAUAAAUCAGAACAACGUAAAAAACAUGAAAGAGAAGCAACUCAAGCGGCAUUAAUAGCAAAAAGUAAAUCAAUAAUAGAAGAUGAUGAAACUGAUGAAUCUGAAUCAGAAGUUGGAGAUACGGACAUUGAAGAAUUACUUUCAACUCAAUUUGAUCUUUAUGUAAGAGAUGCAACUAAAUAUGGAGGAUUUUUUAAACAAACUCAAAGUUAUUUAAUGUUUCCUUAUACUGAAAAAAGGAAAAGAUAUGAUGAUUAUGGUGAAAUUAUACAAGUUGAUCAAUUUGCUAAAAGAAUCGCCGAUGGAAUUAGAGAUGAUGAUGAUCUUAAUGGUGGUGAUAAAGCAGAAAUAAGUAGUGAUAGAGAUGAAACAGAAAAGGAAGAUCCAACAAAUUCAUCUUCGGACUCUAAUGUUCCCACUAAAUACAUAUCAUAUAAUCAAGACAUUAAAUUCAUUUGUAAAAUAAGGUUCAUUGAUCUUGAAGGAACUAAUGAUGGAAGAUCUCUCAAAACAAUUGUUCCUCAAGUUCAACCUAGAAAAUUGGUUAGUAAU